AUGGACCAUGCCGAUAUGUGCCCUUGUAUGGGGUUCCCGGUGUUGAUGCUGCUGCUGAGGGUGCUGAUGAUGCUGAUGACGGUGAACAAGGCAGCGUUUCUGCUGUUUGCAAAUGUCGAGAAACUCCAGAGGGUUUGGUGGGCCAUGGUUUUAUUCAGCGUCUGCGGCGUCUGCAAGCUUUGGCGCCGUGUCGGUCACACGCUCUUCUUUUCAAAUGUCUGGCAGCACCACUCAGACGUGAUCGUGCACCCCUCCCAGCUCUUCACUCUGAGCCCGCACCCGCUGCGUCUGCACACGAGCGACCACCUGCUACGCUGCUUCGUGCACCGGACGCCGUGCCCAGCCUCCGGCCUGUCGCCGCGCUUUGGCCGCCUCUGGCGCUUCGCCGCGUACCUGGGCUCAGACUACCGCGGCCUGCGCUGCGAUCUGGGUCAGUCGCCGUCUGGACGGGGGCUAUCUGGUGGCGGCGGCGGCGGCGGCGGGGGACUUCCCGCUGGCGCCACCCCGCAGCUGUUGAUGCUGGCGCAGCAAACGGGCAGGCGGUCGUACGAGCUGUUGCUAAGUCCCUCAACCCCAGGGCCUAGCCCCUGUCCUAGCCCUGGGAGCUGGGGGCCCCCGGCGGCAGCCGCCUUCACGUCGAUUGGCUGGCGAUCACCGCAACCAGAUGGCGGUGGUGGUGCUUGUGGAGGUGGAGGUGAUUUAGGAGAUCAUGGCUGGCGCCCCACGCAGCGAAGUGGUAGCAGUAGCUACGGUUUCGGCAAGGGGAGCAAUUGCGGCGGUGGCGGCGCGGGCGGUGGGGGUGGAGGCCGACGUGGCGGUUCUCGGGACAGCGGUGUUGUGGCGGUUCUUCGGAGCAACAUCCGCUGCAGCCACUACGAGCUCGUGCCGGAAGCGUCGUGCCCCUGGGCCCGGCGGCUGAUCGCCGUCGCGGGGUACAUUCCCGGGGGCCAGGGGGGUCCGCCGCCGCCGCUCAUCCGGCUGGAGUACCGGCUAAGAGUGCGAGGGAUCAUGUUGCCUCGGAGAAUGAAGGUGGAAGUUCCCGUGCCACACAGCCUCCAGCGAGUCGUCCACAAUCCAUUGUACGACACGCAUGAGCCCGUAGCGGACGGCGCUAGCUUGGCGGCUGCAGGCUGGCCAGCGCUUGGUGCUGCGGCCGCCGCCGCCGCCGUCAUGGCGCCGCCGCCGCCGGUCCCCCCGGGCGUUGCCGCCGCUGCUGGCGGCGGGAACGUCGCGGCAGCGCAGCCCCCCGCCGGAGGUCUCUUUGGCGGUGCUGGCUUGGUUGUCGAGGGUCAGGAGGGGCUUAUGGAUAACCUAGAGGACGUUUUGGAGGCCGCGAUGCGCACGGAGCCGCUCCUCUUUGCCAACAUGGUGGAUGCCGCCGUGGUGCGCCCGGAGGCUGACGACGACGAGGCUGCGCCGGCGGAAGCCGGCGGUGGCGGUGGCGGUGGCGUCAGAGCGCCCAACCUUGCCGGCGCCGCCGCAGCAGGUGGCCGCGUGCUCCGUCGAGUUGGAUCCGCCGGGAGCGCCCUGCUGCGGGGUUUCCUGCUGAACCGGCUACAGGCUGGCGGCGGCGCAGCAGGAGCAGCAGCUGGCGGCGGCGGCGUCGAGGGACAGCCUGCCGGCGGCGGCGGCGGUACGGUACAAUGGUGGGGCCCUGGAUCGCCGGGAAGUCGUCGUGGCGGGGUCGAAGGCGCCGACACAGGCGCCGCCGGCGUUUGUGGCGACGACGGGGGUGUCGGCGGCUGGACGGUGCCGUCGCCGUCGGCAGCGCCUGCCCGUGUCGUGCAGCUUCAGAAUAAGGCCCCUCACUGGAACGACGCGCUGAUGUGCUGGUGUCUGAACUUCCGAGGGCGCGUCAAAAUGGCGUCAGUGAAGAACUUCCAGCUCGUGUGUUCAGCUGACAAGGCGGAGCGCUGCGUGAUGCAGUUUGGCAAGGUGGAGGAGGGCAUCUACAUCCUGGACUUCAACCCCUGCGUGCUGACCGCCGCGCAGGCGUUUGCCGCCGCGCUUUCGACCUUUGAAACCAAGUACCUGUUGUAG